AUGCAUUGGAGCUUCAUGAAGCCAAAAUACCUCGACGACGGACGGUGCUGCUGCCCUAUCUGUGAUGAUGUGACGAUUCUCUAUCCGACCGUGCAAGGCGACGAGGAAAAGGGCAACUAUGGGCGCUAUUAUGUUUCGUGCUGCAAGUCGCAUCAAUGCGGCAAGUCCUUCUACUAUGCGUGGCCCAACCGCAAGGUCCCCAAAAACGCCUUAAAGGAUGCCCGCCUUGCAACAGGCACUACACCUCUUCCCUCGCCGCUCCCAUCGUCCUGCUCUCUCGCUAGCCUUACAGGAGGGUCUCAGCCUUCGUCUUCUACUGUUCCACCCCCUACACAGAUGUUCAAGCCACCGGGAAAGUGUCUUGUCUUGAACUGCAACCAGACCACUCCUACAAAGGGGAGCAUUUGUUUUCGAACGUGGUGCUGUGCUCAUUGUCGCAAGGACGGUGGCUGCCUGGGGUCCAAGAAUCAUAUUGUUGACCCCCUCACUUCUCUCAGCGAGCCCCUCGACGUCUCGGCGUCUCUUGCCCUCGUCGACCCUCAGCUCACCUCAACACCACCACCUUCUUCGCAAGGUUCGGUAGAUCAUCCACAACCCGCCUCUCCCGACUUCGUACUACCUGGCUCCUCGUUCCUUCCUGCUCGUGUUCCUCUCUCCUCUCCAUCUUUGACGGCGCCCCUACACCUGCCAUCGUCAACGGCACCUUCGUCUCUCGAGCUGCCUGGUCCUCCUCAAUCUCUCUCUGGAUCGCGGCCUCCUCCUGCUCCUUCGCAAUCUUCUGUGGUUGCUGGGCCAUCCCAACGCGUCUUGGUGCCUCUCCAGCCGCCGACAGUGCACUUGGGGCCGAAGUGGAUGGGGAUCUACGAGUGCGAUCGCCAAGACACUGUCAUGAACGCGAACCUUGCCUACGCGCAGGCCAAGCGUGAGGAGGAUAGCCAGAAGGAUAUGCACCUCAUCGUGUAUGUAACGAAUAUUCUAUUUUGCCGUGCACGGCUUCGGGGAUCCGUAGACCUUCCUCAGUGGCCGUUUUUCUCUCUGCAAGACUUCUUCGAGUCGGAGCACUGGGAGCAAGGUCCACCCUGCGCAGAUGUCCAUACUGUCGCCAACUACAGCAUCAACUCGGGCAAGUGGACGAACUGCUCUGUUCGGAUGCUUCACGACGUCGACCAGGGCGAUCUUCUGAUCUUCAAGUUCCCCGAUGUCGACAGCCCUCAAGGCCUCUUGUCUCAUCUGAGCGACGAGGAGCUUGGCCCACGGGACGCUAUCAGCCAUAUUACCCUCGAGCGUGCCCGCGUCCGUACUAUUGCUCCCCUUCAGGCCCACGAGCGCAGGACUGCACCCCCGAAGCAUGCUGCUCCUCCGUCUUCCGAGGAGGAUGUCGUGGACGCUGUGCAUGUGCGCUCACCUCCUGUCAAAAUCCCCUGCCCGCGCUCAGUUAAAUGUGCCAAACGGCUACCUCCCCUCACCCCAACUUCCUCACCUGCCUCUUCUCCCUCCUUGGAGUCUCCCGAGUCGCUCCUCUCCCUUGCAUUUCAGGGGAUUGACGAGCACUCUGCCGCCCUCGUAGCUAGCAUCGUCCUGCCUAGGACACCAAAUGCUGAAGACAGGGAGGGCUGGCUACCAUUCCCUGAGCCCUCAGUACCCCAUCGACGCGGACUCGACACGAAGUGGCCACGAGCUUGGCACGUCAAGAACGUUCUCGACGGUCUCCUUCAAGUUUUCGGCACCACGUACCGGACCUGUCCGCCUCCCUGGGCAUUUGAGGCCGUGUUUGGCGUCCCGUACAAGCGCUCUACUGUGCGGGACGCCAUCAAGCGCUUUGCGUCGCUCACUCUCGAGCGACGCCUAGCGCUCUACUAUCCCAAGGAGCUUGGUGGUGGUUCCUGGAGCAAGGUCAACGACGUGGUCAAGCUCAAGGCUCCGAAGCGGGCAGCAUCAUCCAAGAGGGUAAAGAAACCCGCCGCUCUCAAAACUAACAAGCAGAAACCCUCUAUCAAGACCGAACCAAGCGAUGACAGCAUCAUCAUAUUGUCUAGCAAUCCCUCUACACCUAGCACUAGCACUUCUACUCGUCGCCCUCGCCCUCGCCCUCGCCCUCGCCCUCGCCCUCGUACCGUCGAGAUCAUUGAGGUCUCAAGUGAGCGGCCAAGCGACUCAAGUGAUGGAGAUCUCUUGGUCACUACCAUACCUCCUCCUCCUCCUCCUCCUCCCGUUCCUCCCACUUCUCCUCCCCGGCGUCUUCGCCCAUUCCCCAUGCUAUUGGAGCAAGAACAACAAAUGGAUAGCGGUAACGGCGAGUUUUUCGACCUUAGUUCUAUUCAUUCGGACGACGAUAGCGAUGUAGAUCCUCAGUAG